GCUAAGCGUCGAAGGACGCGUUACUUCAUAUACGAGGCGAAUACAUCAUCUUUGGCAUAUUUUCGCCGGGUAUGAAGUCAUUUCGUCACCUAUUUUGGGUGAUUCUGUCACUCGACGUGCCCUUGUCAUUUGUACACGAAUGCAGCGGGCUUGUUCGCGAUGUUGACUCAACUUUCCGAGUGAGGAAAAAGUUCCAUUGCAUGCAAAGUGCAGCGAUGUUUCUCAAUUCGGAGUGCAAACGCUCACAAUGUUGGCGUUGUUGUCUGAUCUGAGUUCGACUGGUCUGGUCUGCGGAGCUCGGCGAAGGCGCCAAGUUUUGACUGUCAUGGAGGAAGCAGGAUAAACAAGUUCCAGGCUCACGAUGGCUUCAGUAUUGGACGAUCCCUGCAUGGAAAGGGUGUUGAAGGGCCACACGGACGCUGUCACUUGUGCACAUUUCAGUCCCAACUCCAAACAACUGGCCACAGGCUCCGCGGACAAGAGUUUGAUGGUCUGGAAUCUGUCCCCCAAAGGGAGGUCUCUGCGCUUCGUCAACCAUCAGGACACCGUCACCGCGGUCCAGUUCUGUCCCGUGGGGAGCCUGGUGGCCACCUCGUCCAAGGACAAGAUGGUGCGACUGUGGAAGCCGUCCAUGAAAGGAGAGUCCACGGUGUUCAAGGCGCACACGGCCACCGUGCGCAGCGUCGCCUUCUCCAACGACGGCGAGAAGUUGGUGACGGCGUCCGACGACAAGACCGUGAAGGUGUGGAGCGUCAGCCGCCGAUGCUUUGUCUACUCGCUCAACCAGCACACCAACUGGGUGCGAUGUGCCAGAUUUUCUCCCGACGGACGCCUCAUCGUGUCCUGCGGGGACGACCGCAGCGUGCGACUCUGGGACACGUCCAGCAAACACUGCAUCAACUGCUUCACCGAUUACCGCGGAUCAGCCACUUUUGUGGACUUCAACUCCAGAGGCACCUGCAUCGCGGCCUCAGGGGCGGACAGCACACUAAGGAUCUGGGACAUCCGCACCAACAAGCUGAUCCAGCACUACCAAGUCCACAGUGCAAGCAUCAACAGCUUCUCCUUCCACCCGUCUGAUAACUACAUGAUCAGCGCCUCCAGCGAUGGAACCAUCAAGAUGCUGGACCUGUUGGAGGGACGCCUCAUCUACACCCUGCACGGACAUAAGGGCGCCGUGCUCACCGUCUGCUUUUCCACCGAGGGAGACCUCUUUGCUUCUGCCGGACUGGACGCCAAGGUGAUGUUGUGGAAGACCAACUUUGACACCAAGUCCUACAAUGAAGUCCUGCAGCAGCACAGCAGGAGGUCCGUGUCCUAUCCCCCGCCCCACCUGACCGACAUCCAGCCAAGGACCGCCCACCCUCACUCCACGUAUCCUUCUGACGUCCAGGUCGCUGCAUCUCUGGCAGACACACACACACCUGAGCCGCACAUCGUGGUGCUGCAGGAGGCCGAACGUCACCUGCAGCGUUACAACGCUGACCUCGCCCACUACGCUGUGGAGGAUGUGGACACCGUGGAGGAGGACACCAGCGAGGAGGAUCAGAAGACCAAACGGUCCAAAGGAGGAGAGGAUGAGAGAAGAAGACACCAAGACACACCUGGAGACACCUUACGUCCCUCACCCGUCCUCAACUCCAUCCUGCAACACAUUGUCCAACAGCUGGACGUCCUCACGCGGACAGUGUCGGUGCUGGAGGAUCGUAUCACCACGACGGAGGACAAGUUGCAAGAAUGUCUUCCAGGUGUGCUCCCCUCCCAUGUCGCGCUAGAAGGAGCUAGCGGUGGGACUGACGCGUUAGCGCAACCAACGGAAGGAGGAGCUAGCGGUGGGACGGACCACCCACUUGAGGAGCAGCUGACUUCAGGACAAGACUCAGGACAAGCAGUACAACAGACGCCCACUUAAGUGGACAUUUAAGGUACUCACAUGACAGGUUGGACACUGACGUCCUGGUGAUUCUGUUUUCUUGACAACAACAAACUGACGUCUUGGUGAUUCUGUUUUCUUGACAACAACAAACUGACGUCCUGGCGAUUCUGUUUUCUUGACAACAACAAACUGAACUCCUGGCGAUUCUGUUUUCACAACAACAACAAACUGACGUCCUGGCGAUUCUGUUUUCACAACAACAACAAACUGAAGUCCUGGCGAUUCUGUUUUCACAACAACAACAUACUGACGUCCUGGUGAUUCUGUUUUCACAACAACAACAAACUGACGUCCUGGCGAUUCUGUUUUCACAACAACAACAAACUGAAGUCCUGGCGAUUCUGUUUUCACAACAACAACAAACUGAAGUCCUGGCGAUUCUGUUUUCUUGACAACAACAAACUGAAGUCAUGGCGAUUCUGUUUUCUUGACAACAACAAAUUGAAGUCCUGGCGAUUCUGUUUUCACAACAACAACAAACUGACAUCCUGGCGAUUCUGUUUUCACAACAACAACAAACUGAAGUCCUGGCGAUUCUGUUUUCACAACAACAACAUACUGAUGUCCUGGUGAUUCUGUUUUCACAACAACAACAAACUGACGUCCUGGCGAUUCUGUUUUCUUGACAACAACAAACUGAAGUCCUGGUGAUUCUGUUUUCUUGACAACAACAAGCUGACGUGGUGAUUCUGUUUUCACGACAACAACAAACUGAAGUCCUGGUAAAUUCUGUUUUCUUGACAACAACAUAUUGACGUCCUGGCGAUUCUGUUUACUUGACAGGAUAGGAUAGGAUAGGAUAGGUCUUUAUUGUCAUUGCACAAGUACAACGAAACUUUGUUUUCAGCACGAACCCGUUCAAGAUUAGACAAACAAACAGUGUACAGGGUUACAGAACAGGAACACUGAUGGGUCGCCACAAGGCGAUGGGGAAAAAGGUAAAACGCUGGGGAAGGAUGAGUAAAAAAAUACAAUCUACACUGGGCUCCUAAGGGGGCCCAGUCUGGAGUGGGAAAAUACCUCCAUAGCAUAGCACAUAUACAUAUUACAACAUACAUCUCGAGAUAUCUAGCAACAGAGGGAAGGGAGUGCGGGGUCAUGGUGAUUGGCCGCAGCUCUCAGGCACUGACCAUCGUUUCAUCACCCCUAUGGGAUUUGCGCCGAGGGCGUUGGAUUGAGGUGGGGUGGGGUAUGUAUGUGUGUGGCGUAUAUUUUUGUGGAUGCAUGUUUGUGUGGAAGUCCAAAGUCAACAACAACAGGUGUGUGUCCAUGAGAGACAAGAAGGGAGUUUGUUGUGUCUUCGCCGCACUGUCCUUCGGGAGAGUUUCGAAGCCAGGGAAACAAUCCAAGUUAGAAUGUUUUGUAUGCGAGUGAAAAUAAAAUUUGCUUUUCACUCUAAAUUGUCUAUGACUGGUCCUCAAACCUGCGGGGUAGACAGUCCGAUGUGAUCCAAAAUCACAAGUGUCCACAGUUCUUCCCGCAACUUCCAAUUUGUCGACAAACCAGAGCAACACUUACUCCAAUCAGCAGAUGUCCUGUUGUCAUAAUUCCAAAUAGGUAGAUAUCUUCACGUCCUCCACAGAAAAGGGUCGCCAGGCACGCGGCACUCCUUCUUCUCCCGAGAGCCAGCAACAACCGCUCCGUCACGACAAGCAGGUUCCCCUAAACCCAAGAUCUUGUCAAUUUCGUUGAGGCCAGUUAAAUAGUUCCAAUGUUGAUUUGGAGAGCAGUGCAAAAAGAGGCAACAAAAAAGUUAAGACAAGGCAAAGAAGCAAGCAGGAGAGAUAAGGGAGAGGAAAGGGGAGCGUCCACCCUCAAUGAGUGCCAGAGAAAAGCAACAAACAACAACAACGAACUGACAUCCUGGUAAUUCUGUUUUCUUGACAACAACAAACUGAGGUCCUGGUGAUUCUGUUUUCUUGACAGCAACAAACAUGUCCUGGUGAUUCUGUUUUCACGACAACAACAAACUGACGUCAUGGUGAUGCGGUUUUCACAACAACAACAAACUGACGUCAUGGUGAUUCUGUUUUCUUAACAACAACAAACAGGUCCUUGACAACAACAAACUGAGGUCCCGGUGAUUCUGUUUUCACGACAACAACAAACUGAGGUCCUGGUGAUUCUGUUUUCUUGACAACAACAAACUGACGUUCUGGUGAUUCUGUUUUCACGACAACAACAAUCUGACGUCAUGGUGAUACUGUUUUCACGACAACAACAAACUGACGUCAUGGUGAUUCUGUUUUCACGACAACAACAAACUGACGUCAUGGUGAUUCUGUUUUCACGACAACAAUAAACUGACGUCAUGGUGAUACUGUUUUCACGACAACAACAAACUGACGUCAUGGUGAUUCUGUUUUCACAACAACAACAAACUGACGUCAUGGUGAUACUGUUUUCACGACAACAACAAACUGACGCCAUGAUGAUACUGUUUUCUUGACAACAACAAACUGACGUCAUGGUGAUUCUGUUUUCUUGACAACAACAAACUGACGUCAUGGUGAUUCUGUUUUCUUGACAACAAAAAACUGACGUCAUGGUGAUACUGUUUUCACGACGACAACAAACUGACGUCAUGGUGAUUCUGUUUUCACAACAACAACAAACUGACGUCAUGGUGAUACUGUUUUCACGACAACAACAAACUGACGCCAUGAUGAUACUGUUUUCUUGACAACAACAAACUGACGUCAUGGUGAUUCUGUUUUCUUGACAACAACAAACUGACGUCAUGGUGAUUCUGUUUUCUUGACAACAAAAAACUGCUGCCCAAACACGAUCACAGGAACUAACCGUAUAUAAUCAGUCUUUGUGUACAGCAAACGUAAGUUAUAAAAUAAAGAUCACUUUCAUCACACCAA